UGGGUGAUAUCCGCAAUGGUAAUUCAAGUUAGUGGUUUUGUGCCUGUUGUUCCCCCAAUAACAACAACAACAACAACAUUCCUAAAACAGAAACUUGAAAAAACAACAAGAAAAAUGAUGAAUAAAUCGGAAAAAGAAGGUUGCAAACAGAUACUUGAAAUGCUUACUUAUCCUGAUCUUUUAUCUCUAGUUGACACUACAACAAAGAAACAAAUUCAAGUGUCGCGAACGUCAGAGGCAUUGAAGGCUAUUAUAGAGUAUACACCAAAAGCAGUAGAUCUGCUGAAGAGAAAGAAAGUGAAGAGGGAUCUACUUUUCAAGUAUCUGGCUGAUCAACAGGUUGUUGUGCCAGUGACAAUAGACAAGUCUGGAUUGAUCAGGGCUAUUUUGAAGAGAUGGGGAACAGCAAUACAGGAUUGCGAUUUUAUGGACGUAGAUGUUGAAGAUGACACAUCGCCAAAUUCUUCAUCCACUCUGUUGGCACCAGAUUCUAGAAACCAACCACCAUCCUAUGCUUCACACACAGAGAAUGCUAAGAAUCAUUCGGUGCAGGGUGCAGAAGGGGGUGACAUAGGCAACCAGCCACCAUCCUAUGCCUCACAUACACAAGGUGCUAGGCACCAGUCAGCACAAGGAGGUGCAAAGGGGAGUGAAACAGGGAACAAGCCAGCACAAUUUAAUAUACAUGUUCAACAAUAUGUCAAUGUCACCAACAUCCAUAAUCAAACAAGAACUUCACAAAGUGGAUUCCAAAGGGGACCCCAAGGAGUAGACCUGCUUAAUCAUGAUCAAAUCCAAGCAAGUGGCAGUAUGCCCGAUAUUUUACCUACUCAAAAAAUUGAGAACCCUUCUACACAGGUAGUUAAUUCAGAAAUUCAGACUCUUGGAGAAAAAUUUGCAGAAUGGUUUUAUGAAAAUUUAAACUCUCAUUGUCCAAGCAUGCAAAAGUCACCGGGAGACUUUGGACCACAUCAUUUCUGGGAUGAUGUGUCACUUGUUCUGAAUUCAUGCACACCACAACCAAAUGUAGAAAAAUUAGAGGGACCUCUACUUGUGUCUCAAAGGUUUCUUGCCUUUGCGAAAGACGAGCACGUAUUAUUUAACCCAAAUUUAACUAGGGAUGGUAUUUAUGUGAAAUCUAACCAACAUGGACUUGUGAUGAUUCUUGUCUGUGGAACAGUUCAUCGGAAUAAUGAUUGUUUAGGUGUAUUCCAACAGUUGUUUGGUAUCGUAAAAGACCCUCGAUUUGAAAACAAUUGGAAAAUUAAAAUGAUAAAACUUGAUGUGAAAACAUCUAAACCUACCGCUAUGCCGAAACUCGAAGGAAAUCUUGACAGUCAGAUAAUGUCCUUGGUGGCUGUUUAAAUCUACAAUUUGUAUGUGGAAUCGUUAUUUAUUGAUUUUUAGCUCGACUUUUUGAAGAAAAAGUAGAGCUAUUGCACUGGCCCCAGCGUCGGCAUCGGUUAAAGUUUUUGAUAAAGUCAAAUAUCUCUGUUACUAUCAAAGCUAUGGACUUGAACCUUAAAAUAUUUAUCAAAGUCUGCACCAGGAGAAACAAUACCCAUAACUCUGAUUUGAAUUUUGACAGAGUUUUUAACUUGGAAAUUUUUGGUUAAAGUUUUUAUUAAAGUCAAAUCUCUGUUACUAUUAAAGCUUUUGACUUGAAACAUAAAAUUGUUAUUAUCUAUUAAAGUCAACACCAGGAGAAACAAUCCCCAUAACUCUGAUUUGAAUUUUUACAGAGUUAUGUCCUUCGUAACUUGGAAUUUUUUGGUUAAAGUUUUUGAAAAAGUCAAAUAUCUCUGUUACUUUCAAAGCUUUUGACUUGAAACUUAAAAUAAUUAUUUACUAUCGAAGUCUACACCCAUAACUAGGAUUUGAAUUUUGACAGAGUUAUGUCCCUUUUUAACUUAGAAUUUUUUGGUUAAAGUUUUAUUAAGUUAUUACUGGCAAAGCUGUAAUUUGAGUCAAGCACAGAGAAACGUCGAGCGGGCUGUCUUACGGAGAGCUCUUGUUUUUGUGAUAAUGCCUGAUUAUUUAAAGGUCAGUUGUCCAGAGAUAAAAAACACUUGAAAUCACACCUUUUUCAUAGCUGUACUUGGUUCAAACUUAAAUAAGAAAUACUCCAUCAAAAUAGCUUUUUGUUGAUAAUUCAAAAUAACUUGAGAUAUUUUUGGAAAGUUAAGAAAUCCUUUAAUAACAGUUUUCACGUGUGAGUUCCUAUAUAUUUGAACAAUGGUAUUUUCUGGUCAAAGUCUUUAUGUGAAAAAAAAACAACAUGUAUUAGAUUUGGUAGAGAGUCUAUGAGUAGUCUUUAUUGGUAGAUGAUCUUUAUUCACAGGUUAAAGUACACUGCAGAUGUGCAAAAUCAAAAAUGAAACUAGUGAUCUUUAGAGCUUUAUUUAAGAAUGUAUAUAGCAUACUGUAUACCAGUAUUCCCUAAUUAAUGCCCCCACCUCACAGUAUUUUCUAAACAAAAAAAUGAAGGAGUGAGUGUCUGUGCUGUGGUAGUGCUAUGAUUGUGAAUAUUCAUUCGUAAGAUGUUGGGUUUAUAGUUUAUAUUUAGCAGCUUAACAAGUGCCCCCUUUGGGUUGCAGACUUCAAAUUACUUGCUCCUGACCAAUGUGGGUUUGAGCCUCACUUGGGGUUUGGGCGUAGAAUUCUUCAUGUGAGGAAGCCAUCCAGCUGGCUUACGGAAGGUCGGUGGUUCAACCCAGGUGCCUGUCCGUGAUGAAAUAAUGUUUGAGGAGCACCUAGGGUCUUUCUCCACCAUGGAAAGCUGGAAAGUUGCCAUAUGACUUUUAACUGUGUCGGUGUAAGGUUGAAUCCAACAAAAACAAAAAAUUAAUGCCCCCUUUUGCAAAAUGUAAUGCCCAAAUAGACAUUAAAAGGAUAUGUACGGUAUUAAAAUCCUUAGAUAUAAGGAAGAACCUUAAGAUAAUCUGUCACAUAGCUAUACCAUACUGGAUAUAAAUGUUAUUGUUUGUUAAAAUUUUUAAUUUACUGUGAAAUCAUUUCAUUUGUUUUUAGCUCACCUGAGCACGAAGUGCUCAAGGUAGCUUUUGUGAUCGCCCUUUGUCUGUCAUCCAUCGUCAACAAUUUGACUGUUAACACUCUAGAGGUCACAAUUUUGGCCCAAUCUUAAUGAAACUAGGUCAGAAUGUUACACUCAGUAAAAUCUUGGAUGAGUUCGAUAUUUGGUCAUCUGGGGUCAAAAACUAGGUCACCAGGUCAAAUUGAAGGAAAAGCUUGUUAACACUCUAGAGGCCACAUUUAUGACUGUAUCUUCAUGAAACUUGGUCAGAAUGUUAAUGUGAUCUUUAGGUCAAGUUCGAAUCUUGGUCAUCUGGGUCAAAAACUAGGUCACCAGGUCAAAUCAAAGGAAAAGCUAGUUAACACUUUAGAGGCCACAUUUAUGACCAUAUCUUAAUGACACUUUGUCAGAAUGUUAAUCUUGAUGAUCUUUAGGUCAAGUUCAAAUUGGGUCAGGUGGGG